CAUCAGACAGAGAGAGGCUGCGUCCUGAGUGGCGGGGUCCAACACGGACACGCAGACUUGCAUUGAACACGGAACACGUGGCACUGGUGCUGCAGGAAGAGCGAGCGAGAGAGAGAGAGAGCAACUACAGCGACCCUCCUUCCUUCAGUCCCUCCAGCCACGCGUUCACUGCCAGGAGCUCCUGCUGCCGCUGGUGACCAGACACGAUCAGACCCGCUUCAGACACCCAGCCGCCCGGUUCCGACUACAUUCACUGGAGGAAAGUCUUCCAUCGGACCGCGAACGAGACAGAGCGGGAGGUCCUACCAGAGACAUUUUCACAGGAAACGAUACUCAACUCCGUCUGCUUUCUUUCUGAAGAGAUGAUGAUGAAGAUCGAGAUGAUGGAGGCCAAACUCUUGUUUGCUCUUUGUGCGCUUUUGCUCGUUAACAUGAGGUCCGCUGGUGAAGCUGCUAACGCAACGACUGUGCAGAAACCUGAACCGACCAAGAGUGGAAACUCAGUGACUCAGCUGCCAUCAGUGGCCCCUGCUGCUUCCAACCUUUCCACUGAACCUGGAACCAACAAAACCAACAUGACCGGAACUUUCUCCGCAUCCGCGCCACAUACGAAUCAAUCAUCAUCGAAUCACAGCACAGCUUUACAUGAUGCUCCACCCUCUUCUGCGCCUUCGACCAGCUCCGAUCAAAAUAAAACCUCCUCCCCCACUCCCGUCUCAACGCCUAUCGCCACGAUGACGCCAGCGGCGCCCAAUGCCACGUCGCCCAACUCCACAGCGCCCAACGCCACGGCGCCCAACGCCACAUCGCCCAACGCCACAGCGCCCAACGCCACAUCGCCCAACGCCACAGCGCCCAACGCCACGUCCCCCAAUGCCACGUCCCCCAACGCCACGUCCCCCAAUGCCACGGCGCCCAACGCCACGGCGUCCAAUGCCACGGCGCCCAACGCCACGUCGUCUCGAGGCAUCACCAUUUCUCAGCCGUCCACAAAUACUAAACAGUCCAGCUAUGCAACAACUAAACCCUCCCCUGUCACCACCACGGCUCCGCUGAACAUCACCUCCACCCAUUCAGGGAGUUCAUCACAGCUCACCAUGCAGGGCAGCAAUUCUCAUGACUCUCCCGGACUGGACCCCCUUCUGGUUGGCUUGGUGUCGGCGUUCGUCAUCACUGCCAUCGUCAUCACACUGCUGCUCUUCCUCAAGUUCCGCCGAAGACAAAGCGGGCCACGGUUUCACCGGCUGCAGGACCUACCAAUGGACGACAUGAUGGAGGAAACGCCCCUGUCCAUGUACACCUACUGAAGGGGUGUGGAGGCCCAACCAAAGUCUUUUCAAAUCUUGAAACCAGGACAGUAAUGCUGUGGUUGUUGAACCGGAUCUUCUUAAUUACCACCAAACAGAAAUACACAUGGGUAGCAGUAAGUGUAUGUCUGGAUUGCUUUUACUUACCCAGAUUAUCUGGACGCUUAGCUGACACGGACCUAAUUUAAAUGGAAGCUUAACGAUGAAUCAGCCAGGAGGAAUCCCUUUGGAAAGUGAUCUGUGUUUGGUGUGUGAUUUUUUUUUUCUUUUCUUUUUUUUAAACUGGGGGGGGGGAGCCUUUGUUCACUUCUGUACAUAUAAAGUUUGAGGUUGUAAAUAUUGUUUUGCCCUUCAAGUGGUUGAUAAAAGGUAAAGCAGAAGGAAACUGCUUUCGGUGCCGUCAGUCAGUGACGCUCAGACCCAGGCUGGGGCGAUCGUGACGCUUCGUUGGGUUUAAGUCGGUACAGAGAGGAAAAGUAGGGAGGGAGGAAGAAACCUUCUGAUUUUUCUGUUAAGAAAUUUGCACUUUACUUUUCAGGGGUAAGUGAUUAGGGAAAACAGAGAGAAAUUUAGAUUCCGGGGAAUUUGGAAAAUGGAUUUUGUAAAUAGAUUAUCGACAUUGUGCUUUUAAGUGGGUUUUUGUUGUUGGUUGUUUUUUUUGUUUUAAACGUUAAUAGAUUUGUGUCUGUCAGUUGCGUACCAGUGAGGAGUUGCAGGCAUGGCAGGGAUUAUUUAGUGUUUGAUUGUUGAAGGUUCUGUUGUUCUCAGGCAUUUAGUCCAGAGUGCCUUACACAUUUCAGUGAAAAGACCUUUGAUUUCUCAAUUUGUUUGCCGGAUGAACAAAAUUAGUUUCCAGAUUUUAGCAAUUAUCAUGUUAACACCCAGCCAAAGUAAUGAAACCGCGCCGUUCACUUGCUGCAUGUCUUCAGUCGGCACCGAUGGAAAAUAAAGGUCGGACGCUUAUUGCUAGCAUUGCACAUACUACUGAUGCUGAUUGCCAACAUAUAAAGGGCGAAGAAGUCUCCAUUCAAAUUCAGCACAAAUUUAGAAUAAGUGGAGCCACUUGGCAACACGUUGUUUUACGUUCAGAAGUAUUUUGUAGAUUUUUACUGUACAUAAGCCAUAUUUUAUGCAAAUAUUCAAAUGAAAAGAGUGAAGAUGUGCAUUGUCUCCAGUUAGGCAUGGGCUGGUUAUCUGUAUGACAUCUGUACUUCACAUCACUUGGUUCCUAUUACCUUAUGGAUCUGAAAGUUUUAUAAUAAAGUAUCAGAGAAAGUGCUGGUAACUUGAUACUGCUGCAGUGUCCCAUUCCCCUCCCCCACCUAUUGCUUCACAAUGCCAGUCGCCUUGCUGAAAGAAGACUACAGCACAUUUCCCUCGCUUACAAUAAGACUUUUUUGCAUCUGGUAAACAUUUCUGGUAACCACAAACACAAACGGUCGUAGGUUGAAAGCUAAAGGACAGACAUCCAUCCACCUGGCACUUGGAUGAUGUUAUAAACUGAUUUUGAAUUCAGGUGUGACAUUUCAUGAGACUGUUUUAAUUCUAGGUUGUCACAGAGAAAGUCGUACUGAGCCAUGCCUAGAUCCGAUGCGGAAUCAAACCCAACGAGUUUGAACUCAGUUUUUGUGUCAUUGUAUGUCUGCAGGAACCACUGAUUCAAUUAAAACACAGCAGAAAUGUUGAAUGUGCAAGUUACACGCAUUUGUUUUAAAUAGUACAUAUUCAUAAAGCAAUGUUACGUUUUUCUGAUGUUAGUUGAUUUUUUCAGCAUCUCAAUGACAGAAAUGGUCUCUGUGUGGCUGAGGCUGCAGGUCUUUAAAGCCCACAGCAAAUCAUUCAUGGAUCAAUGUCAUCAUCACAUGUGUUAAAUGAAUAUUUCUGCCAUUUGUAAGUCACAGAUUGCUUUUUUUUAUGAUUAAAAAUGGUUUUUCUCCCGUGUCAGAUGUCUGCCAUAACAACUUCUGACUUCAGCCAACAGAAACUCUG